AUGAGAGUCUGUGAAAUCUGCAACAACGAAGUUGAUAAGAGUCAAAUUUGCAUUAAAUGUAAAGAUGGGUGCAAGAGGUGUUUCAUCAAAAAUGAUGUUACAAAAGAGAUGUCAGGUGUUGAGUGCGAAGAUGGGUUUGCAUUGAGGAAUGAAAAGUGUCUUAAAAUAGAAAACCGUGAGUUUUGUCUUGAUGAGUUGCACAAUGUUGGCUGUGAGUCGUGCGCCAACUACUACUCGACUGUUGAAAUUAGCGAAAAGUGCUCACCGAAUAUCAGAAACAUGACUUGCUCAUUCUACAACGAAAACGGAGAGUACGACGAAAGUGACGUCAAUUGCCAAGAGGGUGAAUACCAGAAAGGCCACUGUCUGUCUUGUCAACGUGGAUUCGCUCUAAACUUGUCAAAUCCACCAGUUUGUACAGAGUGUGGGUGCAGAGAGUGCAACAAAAUCAACGAAUGCAAAAUAUGUAUCAACGAGUCAAACAACAACAUUGGAAUUUGCACAAGUGACUGCAACUGCAUUUCAUCAACAAACAACACUUGUUUGAAAUGCACAGACAGUCAUCACAUAACAAAGGGGAAGUGUGAAACGUGUGAUCAGAAUUGUGUGUCGUGUUCAAGUGACAGUGAAAAGUGUUUGAAAUGUGAAGACAACUUUGUGCUUGUGAAUGACAAGUGUGUUUCGUUUAAAGAGAUAAAUUGUAUCACCAAAAACGAUGUUUCUGGUCGUUGUGAGAUGUGUUAA